UCUAGUGCUCUCUGGUCUGAUAAACGUGAAGUCUGAUACCCAGUCGUAGCCAGUCGAUUCGGUUAGUCGGCACAGUAAGUUGUGUCCGGGCGGAGACAUUUGUACCUUUUUUUUUAUUAGACAAUUAUAGAUCUCCCAACUAUACAUUUGAACUUUAUAUUGUAGAAGAUAUAGCCCUAUUGAUAUUCUUACUAACACAAAUUCGUAAUCUGAAGAAGUUGACAUCAAAUCUAAGCCAUGCUUUCGGCGUGUCUGGAGUAUCUGGGCCUGGGGUUUUGCGUCGCUGGAUCAUUACUGGGGAUGGUCGCAUGUGGUCUUCCCAUGUGGAAGGUGACUGCGUUCAUUGAGUCAAACAUUCUCGUCGCUCAGACCAUCUGGGACGGUCUCUGGAUGUCUUGCGUGGUGCAAAGCACAGGACAGAUGCAGUGCAAGACGCACGAUUCCGUUCUUGCCCUCACCCAAGACCUGCAGACGGCGCGAGCCCUCACCGUGAUCUCGGCCGUGUUAGGGGCUGCCGGGCUGACAGUAACGAUUGCAGGUGCCCAGUGUACCAACUGCCUCACAACCGAAUCGGUAAAAGCCAAGGUUGUUAACGCUGGUGGAGUGAUCUACAUAAUCAGUGGGCUAUUUGCCCUGGCUCCUCUCUGCUGGAUGGCCAACCGAAUCAUAGUCGACUUUUACGACCCUGCGGUGCCACCGUCCAUGAAAAGAGAGAUUGGAGCCUCGAUCUACAUCGGCUGGGCUGCAACGGCCCUGCUCCUGCUCGGGGGAACCUUGCUGUGUUGCUCCUGUCCUGAGAAUGUGAGGGGCGCCUACUCCAUCAAAUAUGCUCCCACUAAAAGCAUCACUUCCAACGGUGAAUUUGAUAAAAAACAUUAUGUGUAGGCCGAUAAAGUGGACUUGUGCGCAAAAAUCGGACCAAAUCUCUCCGAUGUGAACCAGAAAGUAAUGGGUCACAUUGGUAUUUGUGGACAUACCGAAUCAACUUAAGUGUUGCCUCAACUGUGAUUUUUGCAUGAUUUAGAUUCUUCUAAAUGAUGUUCAUUUUCCCACAGUUAUUAUAUAGACAUUUUGUUUAUGCCUAGUGUAUAAUGUUGUGACUGUCGGACGCAUAUGGGCCAUUGUCUUGCCCAAGUGGUAUGACAUGGUGUGUGAACUAUCUGAAUGCCGUAUUGUUCUUUCCAGUGUCUGGUUAUUAAUAGUUACGUCCGGAGAGAUGUAUUUUUUAGUCUAUUUCCACAUAGAUGAUUCCUUUGUAGCGUAGCCUACUGAGACCGAUGUGAUUUCCUAUUGUAAUCCAAGGGGCUCAUUUACAUAUGAAUGCAUUUGCUCUGCAGUUUUCAUGUAUCAAAUGAUUGUUUUCUUCCACAAUGUAUUGUUAUAUAUCCGUUUUUUGUAAUAAACAAUAUUGUACAAGC